AGAUAGUGUCCUUUUCUGUGGUUGUGGGUUUAUUUGGUGUACCGGUAGUACCCCAUUGGGAAUAAACCAGUGCACACAACUAUAGAACUUCUGAGCACUCACUGGAGGCGUUGCACAGGGCUCCGGCCUGCCUUCGAAGGUGCGACCUCUGGGGCUGAGAGGACCACGACAGCGCCGGCGCUUCGUUAUUAGUAGAGAAGUACUCGCUUGACAUUGACUUUCCUUCUUUCGGUUUUUGUUUUUUCCAGUUAGGUCUGCUCCACCAACACUUUAUCAGCUGGAAUCAAGUAGACGAAAAACCGAACGAGACAGGCGACAUGCGAAUAGGUAGGCCUUUCCCUUUGCGAUGACCAGGACCUCCCCUUGCAGUGACCCGGACAAGUGUUGCGCAAGCGCACCUUUCUCUUUUCCUCCUGUAAGUAGUAAGAGACAUGGGUACAACAACUGUACGGCACUGAAGAAUUUUCUUAAAUUAAACAACAGAGGACACCCUCCAAUUUCUUUUCUCAAAGUAAACAACUACAGUCCAACAGUCACACGACCGCAGACACACCCAACAAAUUCAAUCACAGUUUAUACAGAUUCCACCAAAACCAGUUAUCUAAACUUAUACAAGUUAUCUUUUCAACAUCCAGUAAACUAUGUCAUUUUCAACGUCAUCUUAUCACAAUCUUCUUCUUUGUACACUCUUCUUGUCGCUAUCUUGUAGAAUUCUCACUCAACUAAAACUAUAUAGUCUUUUCUUCACAACCAAUUACAGUUUUCGCACUCUACUAUCUCGAUCCUUGUUUCUUCGUACACCAGAUCAAGGAUGGUCACUGAAUCUCCGGAUCUCUUCAGACAAGGCUAUGAAGUUAGAUCAUUGACUCCCAUGUUGAGCAACUUUUUGUUGUGCUUUUUAGAGCGCUUACCGACAUUUUCGACCGGAGUAACAGGUGUUCAUUCUACU